AUGGUGCCUCUGUACAUUACACUGGUCAACCUUCUGCUCAGCAGUGCUGCUGUUAGCGCGUCCGGUGUUGACGGACUGCACUCGCUCACAGUUCUGGCCCCAGGAGAAUCGCCAAAGCCCAACCCAUUGCCAAGCUCCAGCAGCCCGGCUUCAACAUCUCAGCUUCCUUCUCCAACUUCGCACUCUGAACCUCCAGCAACACAUACAGAGCAACCAACCAAGACCGAUGAGGAUCCCUGGGCAUUGACAACCGUCUUUACACAACCGACUGAUUGUCUGUACGGCAUUACGCAGUACGCUGGGUCGCUGUCCACGCUGGACUACUGGCUCAAUAUCCCAUUUCCUGCACCGGGCAUCACUCUGACAUCCUGUUUCCCCCCUGCUCUGGUGGCCAGCGUGACGGCCUCGGAGGAUCAGCCUCCGUACAAUCAGCUCGUUUGCCCGUACAAAUGGGAAUCGUUUGACUACAACUCAACCUAUAGGAUAUGCUGCCCUCCGGAUUUCGGCCUUUAUGCCCCCGGCAUUAUUAGCAGCAAUACAGUUCGGCCUGGUCUCGGCGCGUGGUGCACAUCGUGGGCAUGGCCUGGGACGCACGCUGCCUUGACUAGAUACUUUACGGACGGCCACUCGUCGGUGAUAGACACGAGGUUGGGGUCUUCGGAGAAUUGGCUGGUGCAGGCUACUGCUUUUGAUGGUUUUAUUUCUGGCAGCGGGCCGCAUCAUGCGUUACCAACAACAAAUGGACCCAAGCCGGCGAUUACUACUCCAAUGAUUACUACUACAACGAGCAGCGGCUUCGCGAUGCCAACGGGAACAGGCCCGACAGCGCUGGGCAUUUGUCUUCCAGUGCUAGCCAAUGCACUCUGGAUGGCUGUCAUAUAA